ACCACUUCUAUUUCGUAGCUGUAACUUUCUCACAGUGACUGGCUUGUUUGGCACAUGCGUUGUAUUUGUCUGCAUUACAGUGACAAUUGCAGUUUCCCGGCGAGGCAGCCAUGGCGUCGGCUGCGCUUCUUGAGCGGGCGCAAGCCAUUUCAAAUUCAGAUAAAGAUAAGGGAAUUGAACUUUAUAGUAAAAUAGUCAAAUCGCCGGAGCCGCCGAUCAGCGAUGAGGAGACAAUUCGGAUCAAGGAGCAGGGCAUUAUGCAGCUCGGAGAGCUGUUUCAGAAGUCCGGCAAGGCCCGAGAGCUGGCCGACCUGAUCCGGGCGUCCCGGCCGUUCCUGGGCCUCAUCAGUAAGGCCAAGGCGUCCAAGCUGGUACGCGGGCUAGUGGACAUGUUCCUGGACAUGGAGGCCGGCACCGGCAUCGAGGUGCAGUUGUGUAAGGAGUGUAUCGACUGGGCCAAGGCCGAGAAGCGCACCUUCCUACGUCAGUCACUCGAGGCGCGUUUAGUGGCGCUCUUCUUCGAUACCAAACAGUACCAGGAGGCGCUGACGCUCGGCUCUGCGCUGCUCAAGGAACUGAAAAAGCUAGAUGAUAAGAAUCUCCUAGUUGAGGUGCAGCUGCUCGAGUCCAAGACGUACCACGCGCUGAGUAACCUGCCCAAGGCGCGGGCGGCGCUUACCUCAGCGCGCACCACCGCCAACGGCAUCUACACGCCGCCCAAAGUGCAGGCGGCGCUCGACAUGCAGUCGGGCGUGCUGCACGCUGCCGACGAGCGGGACUUCAAGACGGCCUACUCGUACUUCUACGAGGCGUUCGAGGGAUAUGACAGCGUCGAGGACGGAAAGGCGCUGCUGGCGCUCAAGUACAUGCUCAUGUCCAAGAUCAUGUUGAACACACCCGAGGACGUGAACGGUAUCGUCAGCGGGAAGCUGGCGCUCAAGUACGCCGGCCGGGAGAUUGACGCCAUGAAGACGGUGGCGCAGGCCAGCCACAAACGGUCCCUGGCUGACUUCCAGCAGGCGCUCUCUGAGUACAGCCAGGAGCUGGCCGGAGACCCCAUCAUCAAGGCGCACCUCAACACGCUGUACGACACCAUGCUGGAGCAGAACCUGUGCCGCAUCAUCGAGCCGUACUCGCGAGUCCAGGUGGGCUACAUCGCGCAGACAAUCCGGCUCUCCCAGGACCAGGUGGAGCGUAAGCUGUCCCAGAUGAUCCUGGACGCCAAGUUCCACGGCAUCCUGGACCAGAAUGACGACGUGCUGGUCGUAUUCGACGAGACGCACGCCGACGGCACCUACGACACCGCGCUCGAGACCAUGCACAACAUGGGCCGCGUGGUGGACACUCUGUUCCAGCGGGCCAAGAAGCUCACCUAGUGCCGCCGCCCGCCCGCGCCCAACGCUGUACAUGUGUGAUAUGUAUAUGGUAGACGGACCGCGAGACCCGCGGCCCGCCGCCGGCCGCGACACAGACAAACUGAGUGGGGAGCUGCUAAAUCUCGCCAUCAUUUCAACGCCAACCGAGACACGCCACCUCAGACACUCUACCAUUAACUUAUGUGAAAUGACUCGUGCUUGUAAUAAAGGAGUAAAUUCUC